AUGAACAACCCUCACAACAUUUGGAUGUGCAUCCAGUCCUUCAAGGAACAGGACUUCGGAUUUUCCUUAAAGGACGUAACACUGCCACCUAUCCCAAGCAUUCAAUAUUACACUGAUGGAUCUAAAAUAGAUCAACAGACAGGCUGUGCCCUUGUAGCCUUUCAUAAUGGUCAGUCAAUUUAUCAGUGGCUGGGUCAUCUCCAUGGAAAUAAUAGUGUAUUUCAAGCGGAGGCCCUAGCCAUCCUCAAAGCAGUUCAACACUGUAAAACAAGUGGUGCUAUGGAGGCAAUAAUUAUCACUGAUAGUCUUUCGUCGCUUCAAGCGAUUCAAAACCCCAGACAUUCUUCUUCGCUUAUCUCGGACAUCCAAUGUGAACUUCGUAAUCAAGUGGGAAAUAACAUCACGCUAGCUUGGACUAAGGGCCAUGCUGGGGAUCACGGUAAUACUUUGGCAGAUAAGUUAGCCAAAUCAGCUGCCGAAAAUACCGAUGCCGAGGCUGAAGAAGUGAUUCUUAAGUGGCCAACAUCUCACUUAAAACGAGCUCUUCUUUUAAAAGUUAUAUCCCAAUGGCAACUAGAAUGGGAUACUGAUGAAACCGGUCGACGAACGUACAAUCAUAUUACGUAUGUGGAUCAAUGUCGUCAGAUAACAAAUCAUCAACUAGUAAGAUAUAUCUCGGGGCAUGGUCCAUUUCCAAGCUACUUUUACAAGCAUGGAAUUGCAAAUAGUGAAUAUUGUGUCUGCGGAACUCUAGGCAUACCUGAACAUUAUAUUACUACAUGCCCGUUAACGGAGGAAUUUCACAUUCCUUUCCCUGUGGAUAAUCAACUAGCAUUUA